AGAACUAGUAAAUCAGGUUGGUACAGUAUAUGUUGAUAUGGGGUCUUAAGUCCAGAGAGCAGAAGUCUGAUUGGGUGUGGAGGGGAGGGGUCCGAGCAGCAGCAGAGUGAGGGGAGGAUGAGAUGUGAUGUGAGGGGAGCGUUUAGCUCAGUUCAGCUCUGUCUGCCUUGUCAUUCUCUUCAGACAGCCGGGGGGAAGUGAGAUGAAGGAGCACUGACACUCCAGACACUCACAGAGGAGAGGAGAGACAGAGACAGAGAAAAGCUUUCAACACGUAGACAACUCUGGAAGACUUCUGACAUCAACACUGAGACCAACGGUCACAUACUGAUUGAUCGUACUGUUGGCUGGGUCAUUUUCUUUUUAUUCAGUGACGCAAGAAGAUUCUUCCACAGCCAAGGAGUGAUGUCAACACUGGACCAGAAUGUCAGGAUAGUGUGGGACUAAAUGGUUCAUGGAGGAGGAGUAAGCUGAAUUGCUUGAUUGCAGAACUGAGCGCUCACAGAAGACUGACUCUUCUUCACUAGUGUGACGUGUUGCUGUCAUCUCAGUGUAGUUUUUCUGUCAUCUCAGACAAGUCAAUCUCAGUGUAGUUUUUCUGUCAUCUCAGACAAGUCAACCUCAGUGUAGUUUUUCUGUCAUCUCAGACAAGUCAAUCUCAGUGUAGUUUUUCUGUCAUCUCAGACAAGUCAACCUCAGUGUAGUUUUUCUGUCAUCUCAGACAAGUCAAUCUCAGUGUAGUUUUUCUGUCAUCUCAGACAAGUCAACCUCAGUGUAGUUUUUCUGUCAUCUCAGACAAGUCAAUCUCAGUGUAGUUUUUCUGUCAUCUCAGACAAGUCAAUCUCAGUGUAGUUUUUCUGUCAUCUCAGACAAGCCAUCUCAGUGUGGAUCAGGACCAUGAAUGUUCUACCUAACCCCAUGACCAGGGCCCAUCAGGAGCAGCCUCUCCCUCUCUGCUCCCAGGGGGCCCACCUCCAGGACUUCUCCUCCAGGUGUCCUCUAGGGCUUGGUGCUGGUCAUGGGGGCAGGCUUAGGGCCAUGGGUGGGCCUCUGGGGCCUCAGAGACCAGGCAAGCCACCGCGGGAGCUGAGCCCUGAGGAGCAGCAGGAUCUAAGGAGGAAGAUCAACAGCCGGGAGAGGAAGAGGAUGCAGGACCUCAACGUCGCCAUGGACGCUCUGAGGGAGGUGAUGGUGCCUUACGCCUCCUCCUCUCCUUCCUCCUCGUCCUCCUCCCAGGGGCCACACUCCCACCAGCAGCAGCCAGGGGCCCCACCUGGACGCAGGCUCUCCAAGAUCUCCACCUUGGUCCUGGCCCGUAACUACAUCCUCCUCCUGGGCUCGUCUCUGCAGGAGAUGCGCCGGCUCCUGGGGGAGGUGAGUGUUGGGGUGGGGGUCGGUGUGGGGGUGAACACGGGGUCUGUCCCCAGGCUGCUCCUGGCCGGGGGUUGGCCCCUCCUCAGCGGCCCCAGUCAGCUUCUCCUCUCCCCAGAAUCUCUCCUGACCUCGGCCUCCUCUUCAAAGUGUCCUCUGUUGCCUCCUGGCCACUUGGAGGGCCCCAUGGCCCCGGUGCAGUGGGGCUCAGCUGGGGUUCCUGGUGGUCCACUCUGUCCCUGUGGGGUGUGCAGGCUGCCCAGGUUCAGCCACCCCAGCCCUGGACCUAGGUUCCCCAAGUGAAGCAUGGCUGGGACCACCUCUCAUGUGUUCUUCUGAUCUGCUACAAUGACUGAUUCUUCUGAGCGGAUGGACUUCUGGUUAUGGUUUCUAAUCUUUUUCUGAAGAUUUGACAUGUUAUUUUUUUUGAAUGAGUAUUUUCUUUCUCAUGUCUGACUAAUUCAAUGAUAACUUUGUUGUAAUGGACCUUGUCCAUUAGGUUUUUAUUAAUCUCUCGUGGACAGAUGAAUCUGUCAAGGCUCAUAUAUAAUUAUGUGAUACAAGCAGCAGUAGUUCCUGUUUUUAUUAAUUUUUUUGAUUAUUUGGACAAAUGAUGAUUAGGCGAAGGUGGUGCGUAAACGGGUGUAGUAGUGAUUUUCAAGCCCUUGUGCGGAUGAAAAACAGUUUCCACAGCCACAAAGUCAAAAUUGUCUGUAUCGUAAAAAUGUAUGAAAACUAAAAUGCGCUUUUUUGGGCAUGAUAAACACAAAUACAAUUUGCAGAAGGGAGGGGUUUGGCCGAGAGCUUCCAUUUGAGAGGGAGGAGACAUCACUACCUUCCCUUGCACAAAGGUUAUCACAAUUGUUAAACGGCAUUUCCCCCGAAGUAAAACAGGAAAUGACAAACUUUCACAACAUACUUUUACUUAUGGGUAACCGAGAUCAGUUUUUUUAUUGGUGACUGUGGUCAGUAAAAGUCAUUGUAUUUUAGAUUUUAUGAACAAAUUCUAUUUUAUAUGAUAAUAGAUGAAGAUACGUGUAAGUUCUAACACAGAAAAUAAAUAGUAAUUUACUGUUUA